AGUGUGGCCGGCGGCGUUCCUUCGAGCCCCUGGAGAGGCUGGUUCUGCGAGGCGGGGAGAAGGCGGUGCAGUGGCCAUCACUGCUCGGGUCCUGAGGACCCCUCUCCACUAGCCAGCUGAACGUGAGCCGCACUAGCCAGCCACGGAGCCACCGGGAACGUAGGCGCCCGAGGAUGCAGCCGGGAGCCCGUGCGCUCGGAACGCUGGCCCUCGCGGCCGCGGCGGUGCUGGGGAGGGAGGCGGAGACGGACCGGGCGCCGGAAGUGAGAGGCUGGAGAAGGCGCUACUUCCGGCGCCGCUGCCUCAGCGUUAUGGCUGUGCUGGCCAGGCGGGUUUUUGAUUUGCACCACCAAAUCCCCCUCACCUGGGUCUGUUUGGCUAAGCUGACUCCUCACCUUGGAGAACAGAAAAGGACAACUGCUUCUUUGUUCUGUAAACUGACAAUAGCCGCCGGUGGAGGGGGCCUUGAGGAGUUACCCUUGGUUGUAUCCAAGAAGUGUGUGCAGGAACUAGAGAGCCGGGCAAAUACUGUUCAUUGCCUCCCUGAGAAGCAGAGAACUUCUGUGGAUGGAGGGCCAUUGACCCUAGAGAAGGUUGUCUGUACUCUGCUGGACAUGGGUUUCAGUGAUGUCCAUAUUAAUGAAUUGCUUAGUAUACAGCCGCAUGCCAGCCCUCAACAGUUGCUGGACAUCAUUUCAGAGUUUAUACUCUUGGGUGUGAAUCCAGAGCCUGUGUAUGUGGCCUUGAAGAAAAGCCCCCAGUUGUUGAAAAUGCCUGUAGUGCGAGUAAAGAAGCGUUCCAGUUACUUGCGAAAGCUUGGCCUUGGAGAAGGGAAACUGAAGAGGGUGCUCCACAGUUGCCCUGAGAUUUUCACCAUGCAUCAGCGGGAUGUUGAUGGUGUCAUUCAUGUCCUCAAGGAGAAGUGCCUUUUCACGGUGCAGCAGGUUACUGAGAUUUUAUACAGGUGCCCCAACGUGCUUCAGCAGGAUCCCAAUGAAUUGGAAUACAAAUUCCAGUAUGCAUACUUUAGAAUGGGAAUUAAGCAUCUGGACAUAGUAAGGACUGAGUUCUUAAAGUACUCAUUAACCAAGAUCAAGCAGAGACACAUUUACCUGGAGCGCCUGGGACGGUACCAAACACCUGAUAAGAAGGGGCAGACGCAGAUCGCAAACCCUUUACUCAAGGACAUUUUCAGAGUUUCGGAGGCUGAGUUUUUGGCCAAGACAGCCUGUUCCUCUGCUGAAGAAUUUGUGGUUUUUAAAAAGCUCUUGGCUCGGGAAGAGGAAGAGGUGCCUGAGAGCAGCAUGUCAAAGGAGGUGGAGGGAGAGGAAGAGGAGGAGGACAAGGAUGAAGAAGAGUUGUGAUGAAGGACUGAGGCAAAAGGGCCCAGGGACCACAAAGAACAUUGUCACAUUCUCAAAGCUUUUGGGAACUUCACUUGGAUCUUCUCAAGUAUUUCAUUCUAACACUGAU